AGUUCUCUUUACUUUUUAGAAAAUGCCAUUAUAUUCAUUCAAAAAAGCUCAUGUUAAGGGAUUCUCUAGAUUGCAGGAAUUACAAAUCACAAUAAUAUGGAAAUUGGAAGGUCACAUUGUCAUGUAUUGAGAAUUCCUACAUGCAUGUGAUGUCCUUAGAUAGUUCACUGAAAAUAAACACGUGAAUUUUAUAGGAAAAUGCAUUGGAGUUCUCAAUAAAAAAUAAAAUGAUGUUUAAACUAAUGUCAAGAUUCCUGUGAAUUUACACAGUAAUGUAUUCCAUAGACUGUAGCAACCCCAACCAUAUGACCCAAAUGGUCCUUACAGACAUGAGGUUCUAAUUCUUCCAAAAUUCGAAUGAAAAAACGCUAGGAUCGAAACAGGCGCCAAGUCUGGAACCUCUAGAACCCAUCCAUGAAUAUCUUAGCCCAAAAGCCCAAGCCCAAAUAACCAUCUGGCCACCUCUGAAUUCUGAACCUCCAUCAUCUCUGUCCGGGAAAUCCCAAACGGCCAAACCCCAUUUCACCCUCUUCCUCAAAUCCCACGGCAGCCGCACGCAGCACGGGAGCACGCAGCGGGGCGAGACCGCGACGGCCACGGGGGCGUCGCCGUCUCGUUCCUCACUGGCCCAGCAUACCAUCUCGGAGGCCCAUGGCCGCCGGGGACACAUCCCGCUGGGCGUCUUCGCUGCACGCAGACCUGGUUCGCCUGAUCGGGCGGCGGCUGCUGGCCGGCGAUCCGCUCGACUACGUCCGCUUCCGCGCCGUCUGGCGCUCCAGCGCCGCCAGACCGCGGCGGCCUCGUCGACGCCCCCUUCCACCCGCGGCGGUGGAUGGUUUGUCUUCGCUGAGUUGAUUGCCACAUGUCCGAGCAAAAUCCAGCUCCCUUGUCAAAUGCAACAGCAAUUGGGCAUCUCCUCGUAACCUGUUCAGCGUAUCUCUUGGCUCCAUUUUAAUUGUUUCUACUUUUAUGUCUGUAGGGAGAAAAGUGGGAAUUGUUUUCUAGGAAAUACUAAACCUAGGUUGGUGAAGACAAAUUGGGCGAGACAAGGCAAGUUCGACCUGCAAUAAUACUUUGAUUCUCUUCUACUAGUGUAGUAUGCAUUUUAGCUCUUCGUAUUUUUGCUGAUUAUCUGUCGCAAUAUACAACUGCAUAUCUUCAUUUUUAGCUCUGAAAUACUAAACCUAGGUUGGUGAAUCAGAUAAUUAUACAAAUUUUGAAAGGAAAAUGCAUACCUAAUUUAGCUAAUUACGUGAUUAGACGGAAACCGAUAAUUUUGAUACCUAAUUUAGUCAUCAACUCUGGGAAACCGAUUUAGUUUGGGCAACUCUGUUUGACCCUCAGGUACCCAAAUUAACCGUAGAAAACUUUUUUUUUAAAUGGCCAAAUCCAACAAUUUGAACUAGCAGAUUGGUAUUUGCUUAUGUGAAAUCUAUGUUAAGUCUGCUGCCUGCAAUGAUGUGAUGAUAUUGUGUUAUUAUUUUGCCGUUAUUUCUUCUGAAAAAAUGAUGGGAAACAGAGAAAAUAUUGGCAAUUUCUUUUCAGAAUUAUUUCCUCCUAUGCUGUCACCUGUCACUCUACAUCGGUUUUGUUCGUUAGAACACAGAACAGAACUGAAAUUUCGGUCCACUGAAUUUGUGGUUAGCACUUUUUUCAAAGGAUUGAUCGGUAAUUAUUUUCUCAAAUCCAAAUUUUGUAUUGAAUCGAACCAAUCUUUUUGGUCUAAGUGAAUGCUCAGGCCUACUUCUAAUAGAAGGCUGGCAUCUCCCUAUUGUAUUGUAGAUGCCUUUAGCUUUGUCCUUUUCUUAUAAAAAUGGUGAUGGACUUCUCGUAUUGUGGCCAGUCUGAAUUAGCAUGUGUGAAGUUUCUUAUAUGAGUUUGCGCAUCAAUUUAGGCAAGCACAGUACUAUCCUAUAUAUAUGGAGGCCACUAUAGCCACUAAAGCAAGAUUUCUUUAAUUUCUAUGAAGCUUCUUCCAUGCUUACUAAGGCAGCCAUGUAUCAUAUCAACCGAGAAAAGCUAUAGCAAUUAGCAAGUACGGAGUACAACUGUACAUAAGUCUGUCCUUACGUGAGCUUGGCUACUUGCUUUGGUUGAAGCUAGAGGUGAGAACCUGAUGUCAAGGCCCUUUCCUCUUAUUCUUUUCCUUCACUUUGCUGGUAUCUGCUGAUCUGUCGUGGGGACAAAGCCAAAAGCGUACACCAUAAUUGCAUCCAUGCUUACAUUAAUUUGAGAUGCUCAAUGGCACAUCCUGCUCCCCAAGCAAAGAAUGAUCAGGUAUCUUGUCGAUAAAUUGCGUUGGCAGAUAGGCAUCAAUCCAUGUGUUCCACUUUUCGCAUAGAUAUAUACAUAUCGCUAUGUCCGGGUGCUGUGUGCAUGCAGACGACAAACAUAUCCACACACCAGAAUGGAGUACUUGUUGUCUCUCUGCUAGGAACAGGAUUAGCCUCAGGAAAAAUCUGAUGAGUCAUUUUAGCCAGAAGUUGCACAAUGGCAAAGCGGCUGCGCCUGGUCCGGCUGGCCCCGCCGAUGAUUCGGCAGAGCUGACUGGGGCGAUAGUGUUCACGGUGGUUCUCAUGACCAUCCUGGGCGCCACCCUCUGUGUGGUUGGCCUCGAGCGCUUGAUCCGCGGCCGCUUCACCCUCUUCUCCAUCGUGCGCGCCCUGUUGCGCUCCACCUUCGUCCUCUUCCUCCCCCUUCUGUCCUACAUGUUUUCCCACUCGAAAGAUCACAAGCAUGAGCUCCUCUUCUUGCUCCUAUGGAUGCUCCUCAUCGAGCUCAUCCGCAAGAAGGUGCAGGCCAUGGUGCAGUCGGUUGAUGGCUCCUUCUCCAGGGCCUCUGGCCGGUUCCGGCUCAUGGACCACUCCGAUGAGGCUACUCGUUUGGUGUGGAUCGGCUACCUCAUGUACUCAAACAUCUCAUGGAAAACACAUCGGGACAAAUUGAUGGCGAAAUUCUUCAUCAUCCUCUGGUCACUUGCUCUGGCGAAGCUAGGGCAGAGGAUGCUCAACAAAUGGAUGGUACAGGACUCGCUGGCCGCAGCGGGCAACACUCACCUCAUUGCAGGAUACAUGCAGCACAUCGUCGAGAACGACGUUCCAUCUCCCACCGCUGGCAACAUAGCCAAUUGCAAGUACGUGGUGAUGGGAGAGGAGAAGCUCAUGCUUAAGAAGAAGGAUAGGCGAAAGAAGGAUGGGCCGUGGCGUUCCGAGCCCAAGGUAUGGCUGACCACCCUAGAUUGCGGCUAUGGUGUUGGUAGGUUCCCUCAUGGCCAAGAUGAGCAGAAGCACGUCCAUCUACUCAUCGACCACAGCAAGAUCAAGGACUUGGUGACCGUGGAGAGAAUAUGGGAGAAAGUUCAAGCUUUUGAAAUUUGCUGGUUCAGCACCAAGUGGUUGCGCCGCCUAUGCCUCUCCUUCUCUUUAUUCAAGCUGAUGCGGCGCCGGUUCGAGCACUACCCCAUGGUGGAGGUCGGUUCGGAGAUGGCACGAGGGCUAAUGCUCAAUGGCCUACUAGCCAUUGAGGGCAAGAGCGAGAGCGACACCGAAGACAACGCUCAUGCGGUGUUUCAAGUGCUUCAGCUAGAGCUCGACUUCCUCGACAACUACUACCAGGCAGGCUCCCCGGUAGUGAUGUCUGCCCCUUGGCUCUUCAUCGUCAACUUCCUCUUCUCCAUCCUCUUCGUCUUCAUAUACGUCCUUGCUAUUUUGGUCAUCCUGUUAAACUACCGAUAUGGCAAAGCCGAAGAUAAAACCCACGAAAACGCCAACACCCUAGUGCUUUACUUCGUCAUUGCCAUGCUGCUGGUGGUGACCAUCCUUGCCAUUGAAAUCACAGAGUUCCUCACCUUAUACCUGCUCUCCAACUGGAACCUAGUGCAUCUGCUGUGCUUGUACGUUGCCCCGAGGAACUGCAUUUGGAACUGGCUGUUAAAGCCAAUCAUUGGCUUCUUCAUCUUAGGGCGUUUCUUGAUGGUGUCUGCACUCAGGCUCAUAUUUAAGCUUCUAUGCAGACCCGUUGAUAGAAACCUGAUGAAGAUCAGACAGAUAUCCAUUCUCCAAGUCUGUGAGCCAGUCCAUAAGAUGUUUGCAUGGACCUCUCAGGUCACACUGCCAACUAAAGCCAAGGUAGACAUUGUCAGGUCCUUGAAGGGCAUCGACAAUACUAUGGCCACCUGCACUGUUUCCCUGCCACGGAUUGAUGGCCUCAACUACAGCCAUGGCAAAACUGCCACGGACAUCCUCCUGCAGUGUCACCUGGCCACGGAGCUCCUGGUCCUGGACAUGAAGCAUGGCAAGCGCCGUCGACCAAAGAAGAAGCAGCUCUUCGUCAGAGACAACGACGAUGACCAGGCGGUGGCAACGACGCUCUCGAGGUACUGCAUGUACCUUGUGGCUCGCACGCCGGAGCUGCUGCCGGACGAUGAGAUCUGGGUGUCUGACAGGUACGACGACAUGAAGAGCUGCCUCAAGAAAGCGUCGCGCGGCUGGCGCCAAUGCUGCUCCUGCGGCUGCAGCUGGCAGGCGCUGCUCGACAUGGAUGAAGCAGCAGCGGAGCGUCUCCAGGACCCGGCGGCACGGGACGGCGUGAAGCUGUUCCAGCGCCGCCGCAGGGAACACGCCGGUGCCGGCGCCGACAAGGCGUGGGAGGAACUGGCCCGGUUCUGGGUCGGCCUCGUGAUCUACCUGGCCCCAUCCAACGACGUGGAAGGCCAUGCCAAGGCGCUGGCGACCUCAGGCGGCGACCUCAUCACUUGCCUCUGGGCCUUCUGCACCCAUGCGGGCAUCAGCCGGCCUCGACCCGCCAUUGCCGGCACCGAUGCUCAUCAGCAGGUCUGAUCCAUGAGUACUGCUUUCGUUGUGGUGUGCUAUCUGUGGCUUCAAUCGAUUUUGAUUGGUUUGAUUUAUGCUGCCAUUGGGUUCCAUGGCUCAUGUUAAAUUUGUUAUCUUACUCCAAUUCUUUUGUGUGCCUAUGUUUCAAUUCUUGUGUGUGUGACCAUUUGUAAUACCGACAUAUAUAUGCAGUAUUUUUUAGACAUGAAUUCUGAACU